ACGUGGUCACUUCCAGCACAUUUUUGGUCAAUUAUCACGAGUGUUUUGCGCUAAUCUUUACCGACGACCCGGAUAAUUGAACAACAAAAUGGGCGCCUACCUUUCCGAGCCAAAACUGGAGAAAGAUUCUGCGGACGGAAGCACGUCUAGGCUGAGUUAUGGCGUUUCUGCCAUGCAAGGUUGGAGGAUUUCAAUGGAGGAUGCCCACAACUGCAUUCCUGAAUAUGAUGAGAAGACAUCCCUCUUUGCUGUAUAUGAUGGGCAUGGAGGAGCAGAGGUGGCAGAAUACUGUGCAAAAUACCUGCCUGAACACCUGCAGUCCAUGCAGCUGUACAAGGAUGGGAACCUAACAGAUGCGCUGCAGGAGGGCUUCCUGUCGUUUGAUGAGAAGCUGACACAGGAGGAUGUGGUGAACGAGCUGAAGCAGCUAGCUGGGCUAAGUGAAGAUGAACAGAAUGAGCAAGAGAUUGCUGAUGACCCAGAAGACGAGGCAUCACUUCUUAAACAAGAAGCUGACAUGUCCAUUGAGGAGAUUUUGGCAAGAUACGGCAAGGCACAGAACAAGGCUACAGCUGCACUGCGCAAGAAAAACAAAUUCCAGUCACCAGUCGUAAAAAAAACACACUCCAGAGUAGACGGAAACUGUACAGAGAAUGGGGAAGUGGAGGGGAGUGAAGCACAGGGGAACUGCAGCAAAGUGGAGAAGUCAGCAUCCAAACCAGAAGUCUCCGAAGCCAGUAGCACAAGUUUUACGAAAGCAGAAAAGUCAGAACCAAGAGAUUCAAGUGAGAAUGAAGCCAAACCAAAAACAACAGCAAAUGGGGAGGGGGAUGGGUGUCCAUCUAGUCACACAGCUACAGCAGAAGACUCAGCAGUGGGGAGUUCAUGUGCUGGCUCCUCCUCAGAGAUAGGUGCUGGGGAUGCAACAUGUUCAAACAGUGGUCCUUGUUCAUCUUCUACUGUCGCCAAGGUUCAGGGGGCAUCAUCAGAGGGUGAAGGGUCAGCUGCAACACCAGGUCAAGGGUCAUCAUCAGUGGAAGGGUCAUCAUCAGGUCAGGAGACAGCAGAAGACAAUGGCUGCUCCUCUGUCAGCAGCAGUACUGGAGGAAAAGGGAAAGGCAAAGGUAAGAAGUCCACCCCAGCAGGUGAAGCAGGGGGUAGUGGGUCUGACUCCACCCCCAGGGGCAGCCGUGCGCCUCCUGACAGUAGUGAGGAGGAGGAGGAGGAGGAAUCAGAGGAGGACAGUGAUGAAGAUAUGUUUGAUGAAGAUGAUUCUGAGGAAGAUUCUGAUGAUCUUGAUGAUGACGAGGAUGAAGAUGGGGAGGAGGAGGAAGAGGAUGAUGCAGAUGAAGGACCAAUCAUUUUCUCUGACAAAGAACAGCCUGGUUCAGACAGUGGAACCACAGCAGUGGUGGCUCUGCUGAGUCAGGAGAAGCUGUAUGUGGGGAAUGCUGGGGAUUCCCGCUGCGUGCUGUGUCGAGCGGGCCGUGCCAUCGACAUGUCUAUAGACCACAAGCCUGAAGAUGAGGAGGAGCGGGACAGGAUACUGAAGGCUGGGGGCAAGGUCACUCAAGAUGGCAGAGUCAACGGAGGACUAAACUUGUCCAGAGCAAUUGGAGACCACUGUUACAAGAGGAAUGAAGACCUUCCGCUGAAAGACCAGAUGAUCACCUCCCUGCCUGAUGUCCGUUCUAUAGACAUGCAGCCUGAUGAUGAGUUCAUGGUGCUGGCAUGUGACGGCAUCUGGAAUGUCCUAACCAGCCAGCAGGUGGUGGACUUUGUGAGGAAUAGAUUAGCAGAGGAGACACCUGAUGGAGGCAAGAGGACAUUGUCUUCAAUCUGUGAAGAGCUGUUUGACUUGUGUUUAGCACCAGACACCACGGGUGACGGUACAGGGUGUGACAAUAUGACCUGCAUCAUUGUCAAGCUUCACAGCAGCCAAUCGGGAGCCAAGCGGCCGUUGGAAAGCGGACAGAAUGAAGCAAGUCAAGCCAAGAAGCCACGACCAGAUGAGCCAGACACAUCAAGUGGCUAGAAAUUCUUCCCUUCUUUUUUAAGAAAAAACUUAUAUUCAGCAAUGUUGUACUUUGUGCUCAGUGGCUGCAAAUGGAAUCAGGUUGAUGUACUGAGUAGUGGACAUCAUGGGUCCCUCAAUAGGAGGCAGUUUAGAUUUUGUAAAUCCACCUGAUCCGAAUGUUCUUAAUCCUCAUCAUCCUCCAUAGUCCCCGGGCAGUAAUCAAGGAUGUAGUUGAUGCGGUUUUUCUGGUGUUAUUCGUACUGUUGCUUCCAGCACACAGAAGGUGAAGGGAAUGCUUGGCUGUAUAAUGUAAAUACAUGACCAGAGUCAAUAUGAACCCUCUGUUGUGAAUAUGUACACACCAUUAUACCUCACCACA